UGUCUUCUUCUUCUUCUUCUCCUCCUCUUCAUCCCUCCACUGCCCACCGCCGUCUCCUCGCCGGAGACCUUCGCCUUCGACCUUGCAUCCCUAUCUUUUCGCAACCUCACCCUCCUCGGCGACUCUGACCUCCGCUCCGGCGCCGUUGCCCUCACCCGCGACUCCAGCGUCCCCUCCUCCAGCUCCGGCUCCUUCCUCUUCAAUCUCCCUAUCCCUUUCUUUGAUCCGAGCUCCAAUCUCUCAUUCUCCUUCUCCACUCGUUUCUCCUUCUCCAUCACCAACCCUAGCCCUGGCUCCCCCGGCGAUGGCCUUGCCUUCUUCGUCUCCGAUCUGAGCGCUUUCCGUGGCCUAUUCAACUCCUCGUCUCCGUCCACGAACUCUUCCAUCCUCGCAGUCGAGUUCGACACCCGUUCAGGCGCCAACCAUGUCGGUCUGGACAUUGGCGGUCUGAUUCCGAUCAAAAGCUCUGAUCUUUCUCCAUUUGCAAUCGAGCUCAAGAGCGGCAAAGCAAUCACGGCGUGGAUCGAGUACUUGAGAGACGAGAAAAGCCUCAAGGUUUGGGCUGGAAACUCAAGCUUGAAGCCAGAGAGGCCGGUCUUGUCUGCAAACUUUGAUCUUUCGAGGUAUUUUGAGCAUUCGAUGUAUGUUGGGUUCUCGGCGUCCACAGAGGGCGGCACAGAGGUUCACACUAUUGAGAGCUGGAGCUUCCGGACAUUCGGAUUUCCUGCCAUUGAUGGGCACCGGCAGAGCUCCCACAAUAUCUCCAAUGGCUCUUGGAGUGCUUUCCCUACCAGUCCUGUUGUCGACGAAGGCAAGAGCUCUCACAAGAUGACUGUUUUGUGCCUUGGAAUGGUUGGUUUAGUGUUUUUUGGUAUUGCUCUUAUAAUGUUUGCUUUUAUGCUUGUGAGAAAGAGAAUGGUUAGUCGAGAGGGCCAACAAGUGAUCUUGAAUGGUUUGAGACAGUUCAGGUAUCAAGAACUCAGUUCGGCAACAAAAGGAUUCAAUGUUAAUAGAAUCGUCGGGGCAGGUGCGUUUGGGACGGUGUACAGAGCGGUUGAUCCAAAGACGGGCACCGCACUUGCUGUGAAGCGAUCAAAGAAAAGCCAUCAAAGCAAGAAUGAGUUCUUGGCAGAGCUGUCAAUAAUCGCCGGGUUGAGACAUAAGAAUUUGGUUCAGCUUCAAGGCUGGUGCUCGGAAAAGGGUGAGUUAUUGCUUGUGUAUGAGUUCAUGCCUAAUGGAAGCCUCGACAAGUUCCUCUAUAGUGAAGCUGAUAUCGGUCUUUCUCUUGCAUUGGAUUGGACGAAGAGGUAUAGUGUCGCUGUCGGUAUUGCCUCAGCCCUUACUUAUCUUCAUGAAGAAUGUGAUCAGCAAGUGAUACACAGGGAUAUCAAGACUAGUAACAUAAUGCUCGAUGGUCAUUUCAAUGCCCGGUUGGGGGAUUUCGGGCUCGCAAAGUUGUUGGAUCAUGACAAGAGCCCUGACUCGACUCUGACAGCCGGCACAAUGGGAUAUCUUGCUCCUGAGUAUCUGCAGUACGGGAGGGCUACUGAUAAAAGUGAUGUUUAUAGUUAUGGAGUAGUGAUACUGGAAGUUUGCUGUGGGAGGAGACCAAUUGAAGUUAAGGAUGGACAUGCUAACAUGUUGAUUAAUUUGGUUGAUUGGGUUUGGGGUUUGUACUCAAAAGAUAGGCUUAUCGACGCAGCUGAUCAGCAGUUGAAUGGUGCAUUUGAUGUGGAGUCAAUGCUGAGGCUUUUGCUCAUCGGUUUGAGCUGUGCAAAUCCGAUAUGCACCGAUAGGCCAUCAAUGAGAAAGGUUCUUCAGAUCCUCGAUCAUGAGGCUGAACCCAUUGUGGUACCUAAGCUAAAGCCUUCUCUAACUUUUAAUUCAAGUGCUCCUUUGGCUUUGCAGGACAUUGUUCUAGAUUGUUAUGAGAGCCAAGUCUCAAGUAAAUCAAGUGAUUGAUGUCAACUUGAAGAAUGUUGAGAUGGAUUUCAAAAUCAUAUGAUAUAUCAAACUAUCAAAGAACAUGUGAUGAACUGAGUGUUCUAAUUUGUUAUGAUGCUUGUAAUAUCAACAUUGUGUUUUAUUCAUUGGUUUUUUGAGAAACUUUUGUUGUACUCAAAUGUAAUUCAUCUUCUGU